AUGGCUUCUCACAAAGGGUUAAUAUUUCCCACAAGUUCGGCACACGACCCAGUGACAGGAAGUCAUUUGUUAAGUACUUAUCAGUUGAUGAGUAGUAGUGGUACAUUAUGUUAUGUACUAUUAUCAGUAAGUAAGAGUCAAGAUGAUGUAUGUGAUAGAUGUAGACAAUAUCCCUCUACCUGUAGGAAAAUUGCUGGUAUAUUUAUGGUUACAGUAUUAUCUAAAGGAUCGUAUAAUCCAGUAGUAGAAAUACCAUCUCCAGCCUGUAAUAUCAAUAUUACUGAAUUAUCACGCAGUAGAAAUUAUAUAGCAAUAAAAAGUAAAAGUGGCAGAAGUGUAAUAAAUGGUUAUUGGAGAAUUACCUCCCCUGGCCAACAUUAUGGUGUCAAUACAGUAUUUAAGUAUUCUAAAUCAAGUUCAGCUGAUUGUCCUGGUGAAUGUGUUUAUACAUCAGGUCCAACUAAUGAAACUAUUAUAGUCCAGUUAUUGUAUUACAGUCAAAAUCCAGGAAUAUCAUAUGAGUUUAUUAUACCCAAUAAUGUACAGUUUAAACCAUAUGAAGGGUCACGUCUGAUUGGGUUACCUAGAUCCAGAAUUUCAACCAGACGGUCAUUUUUAGACAGACAUAGAGGGCGUGCAAUCAUUAGAAAUCAGAGACCACAGACGUCAGUUGGAGAACGAAAUCCAUAUUCGAGCAGCGAGAGAUCAGAGACACCUAUAAUAAGAAACAGACAAGAGUUCCAAUUAAAUACUGGAAGUCAGCCUAGAGUUCCAGAACAACCUCAAAUAAGAUAUGGUUAUGAUACACUAGAUGGGCGUGGUUUAAGUUAUACACAGAUAAAGAGACAGCCUUACCAAUCUCGUGGAGGGAGUGGUAGAAGUCCCUUGGUAGCACCCAGACCUCAGUAUGUAUCACCAUAUAAUAGUAAUAGUCGUAGUUAUUAUGGUCGAGCAGCAUUAACUGGUACAUCACAACAAAUAGACCUACCGAAUACUAUUAAUACUAUAGUAGAUGAGAAUGUCUAUGUGUGGAAAAUAUCAGGAUUUAGUGAUUGUACUCAACCUUGUGGUGGUGGUUACCAGAAAACCGUAAUAGUGUGUGUUUUAAAAACAACACAAGUAACAGUAACACAUGAGAAUUGUAAUGCCAAUGUUAAACCACAAGCUCAAGAAGUAGAAUGUAACACAAAACCCUGUUCACCAAGAUGGCAUACUGAUGAAUGGGCCUCCUGUAGUGUAACCUGUGGAUCUGGAACACAGAUUAGAAGAUUAGAAUGUAAACAGAAGAUAUCAAACACACUAGAAUUAUCUGUGUCUGCUAGUUUAUGUCCACAAGAUGAAAAACCAGCUUCAGCUCAACAAUGUGAGAUGGGUAGAUGUGCUGAAUGGAAAGUUGGCCCUUGGAAGACUUGUUCAGUGUCUUGUGGCCAAGGUACCAGACGUAGAUCUGUAAAAUGUGUUGAUCAUCAAGGUAGUCAGAUACCAGCUAGUUACUGUGAUACCAGUGAACCACAGAAUCAAGAACCAUGUGAUAUGGGACCAUGUAGAACAGCUUGGUUAUAUACUCCAUGGUCAAAUCAGUGUUCAAGUAGUUGUGGGGCUGGAUUUAAAACUAGACAAGUUAUCUGUUAUAGUAAAGAUGGUAAUGAGGUUCAGUCAUCAGUUUGUGAUGCCAGUAAAAAACCCAGACCAGAAGUCUCCUGCCAUAGUGAUGAAUCUUGUGGUUCAAAAUGGUUCACUGGGCCUUGGAGUGAGUGUUCUAGUGAUUGUGGUAGUGGUAUUAAGAAUAGAUAUGUGGUAUGUAUGAAAGUAGUUGGUGAUGCUGCUGUAGUAUCUAGAGAUGAAGAUUGUUGGAAUAGUGAGAAACCAACUAAACAAGAAGAUUGUAAUAAUCAUGCUUGUGGAUCAGAAUGGUUCAUUACAGACUGGAGCCAGUGCUCAGUAACGUGUGGUACUGGAUUUAAAACAAGAGAAGUGAAAUGUUUAAAUAGAAAUAAAAGAUUAGGUAGUGGUUGUGAUUCAAAUAAACGUCCAGAACCUCGAGAGACUUGUCAACCAAGACUAUGUCCGGCUAAAUUACUAUCAGCAGAAAAUGAUGGUAGAGAUUUGUAUAGAAGUUGUCCAUUAGUUGUUCGUGCUAGACUGUGUUCUUAUAAAUAUUACCAACAGAUCUGUUGUACAUAAUAUGUGUAAUUAUAUUGGACCUAAUCACAAUACACGUGAUUGGAAAUGAAAGGCAUUAUGUAUCAUUUCUCUAGCUACACUGUAAUUUUAACAAACUGAAUCUCAUAAGGAGAUGAAAGGAGAAUAAUUUUAGUCUCCAUAUAGGAUAUAGACUACAGAAUAUUUACAUUAUUAACUCUUUAAAGGAUUUGUAAAGAGGUUUUCAAAACUUUUUAUGUGUAUCGGGGACACUGACAACAUCCAUUUGCACCAUUUUCAUUUUCUGCUAGACAUCUGUGGUUCUUGCAAUUCCACUAAAACGAUUUAUGAUGUAACUAUAACAAGGCCUUUACAUAGAAUAACAACUUUUGCAUACAAUGCUUAACU